AUGUGGCAGUCGGGCAAGGCGGACUGGAAGCUGCUGCGGGUGGGCGUGGUAGAGCUCACCAAUGACGUGUUUGUGGCGCGGCUAUUUUUCGGCGACCGCGUGACGGGCCAGCCUGUUUGGGACUGCGACUGCCGCCCCUCUGACGCGACAUUUUUGGCAAUGAAGUCUGGCGCCCCCAUCUACGUCCACAAGCGCGUGUGGGACGAGGCCGCCACGCGGCUGCGGGACACUCACGCCUUUGAGUACAUCAAGCAGUUGCACUCGCAGUCGGCCAAGGAGGAGGCCAAGAAGGGCGCCGCCUCUAGCUCGACCUCCGGCACCGCGACGCCCUCGGCGACCCCCGUGGCGGCUGGCGUUGCGGAGCUGCCAGACAGCAGCCUGCUGCUGCCCAUCUCCCUGCUGCUGCGCGAUAUGGAGGUGGCGAUUGCUGACGAGGACUACGUGACAGCAGCGCAGAUCAGGGACCACCCCUGGAUGCGCCUGCACGCGGACAUUGAGAUGCACAAGGGCAUCGGUGCGUACGACCGCGCCAAGGAGCUGUUUGUGCAGCUCAAGCUGCGCAUCGAGGCGGACACCACGCAAGCCGUCAUCAGCGGCAACUCGCAGUCCCUGGAGGCGCGCAUCAUAUCGCGGGCGCGCGCUGAGAAGCAGCGCGAGGCGGCGCUGCGCGCGAUGAAGACGUUCCGCGUCGUCGACCACCCGCCCAUGAAGCUUCCCGGUCGCCAGAAAAUGGGGGAGCCCUCCCAGAGGACCGACGGCCGCGAGCAGCAGAGGAGCUGA